GACAGAAUUUCCACAGCCACAUUCAGUUAAAUGGCCCAACUUUCCUCUCUCUCCUUCAUCCUCUUCCUCUCCGCCGUCCUCAGCCUCACCUCCUCCGCCGCCGCCGCCGCCGCGCAGCAGCAGUUCCUAGCGCGGCAGAACGCCGCCCGGUCGGUCCUGAAUCUCCCGCCGCUGGUGUGGGACCAAACAGUCGCCGGCUACGCCCGUCGGUACGCCGGCCGGCGCCGGCGUGACUGCGCCCUGCGGCACUCCGACGGUCCGUACGGGGAGAACAUAUUCUGGGGCAGCGGCGACCGGUGGACGGCGGGGCAGGCGACGGCGGCGUGGGUGGCGGAGCGGCGGGGUUACGACCACCGGACGAACAGGUGCGCGGCGGGGCGGCAGUGCGGUCACUACACGCAGAUCGUGUGGAAGGAGAGCCGCCGUGUGGGCUGCGCCAGGGUGGUCUGCGGCGGCGGAAAGGGGGUUUUCAUCACCUGCAAUUAUGAUCCACCUGGGAAUUAUGUUGGGGAGAGGCCCUAUUGAUUAAUUAAUUAAUUAAGAAUUUUUAUUUUAUCAAUUCAAUUUUGACAUUUUUGUAGCGUAAUAUAGUAAAUUUUGUGAAUUUUUUUAUUGGAUAAUGUUAAAGCAAAUUGGUGGCAAUAUUUUGAAACUCAGCGUAAAUUUUAUUUUACUUUAA